UUUUUUUGUGUCUCGAUGUGAUGCCGACUUCCUUCGGUGUUUGUUGCUCUUCGCCUCGCCCCGCGCUUGUCUACUCGCUGAUCUCUGCCUCGCUGGUGCUUCUCCUGGUGUUGUCGGCCGGACUUUUGCCUCCUAGGACAACCGCGACGUCACCGGACGGGCGACUGCCGGAUAUCAUGAGCGAGAAAAACGAGGAGGGAGUCUCUCCGCAGCAGCAGAAAGGGGGAGCGUAUCGAGCCAACCGGGUGGCAGCGGGCAACGACUUCGUUAAGUUUGUGCUCCAAGAGAGCGUCGGGAGCGACGGCAGAGUCCCCGCCGAGGCGGCGACGUGGCGUACCCUGAACUUCCGAGAGGUUGCCGAACUCUUCAAGCAAGGCUUGCCGGACUGUUUCUUGGAGUCCAUGAAGGAGACCAACUUCGAAGCAGUGUUUUGGGAGUCGGUACCUGUCACAAGGACCACGACGGACAAACCGUACGAGUACGUCCUUGUGGACUCUCCAAGGCUGGCGGCGGUGACGGCAGAUGGCAGUCCGUUCGCCGAACACAUCGCGUCCAAACAAGGCACCGACGACGUGGUGUCCUUCCGAAAUCUCCGGAGAGACGCUCGGCUCGUCGUGCCGUGCCGGGGAGGGCAGCAGCCGGGAGCCAACUACGCCCACCUCGCCGCGUUCGUGCGAACCGCACCUCGCGACCAGGUGGUAAAGUUUUUCGGCGCUGUUGGCGAGGGCCUUGAAGACGAGAUCGCCUCCAGAGCUGACGAAACCCCCGUCUGGCUCAGCACUUCGGGACUCGGGGUAUACUGGUACGUGUGCUUCAAGUCAAUGAUCCAAGGAACAUAG